UUUUUGUUUCUUAUAAAAUUUUUUAGAAAAUGAAACGCUUUCUUCCAGCAGUUUCUGGUUAUGCACCAAUUCAACGUUUCGAGAAGCCUUCUCCAAAAAUUUAUUAUGCCCCAGAAUGGAGAUUGGAUAAAUCUGGACGGCGAGAUGGAAAUUUGGAUAAAUAUUCCCCAAUGAAUAAUUAUGGUGUUACCCCAGAAAAAUGGGAAUAUUUAAAUAAAGUUGUUUGGCCUCCAAAUUAUGUUGUGCCUGAAACUGGGAAGCCUAAAGCUCGCGAAGUUUUUCAUGUCAAAGAAUCUGUUCAUCUUCAUCCUAAAAAGAUUUUCCCUUCUUGCUUUUUUGCCCAAAAUUUAAUGGCAAAUGAAGCAAUAAAACAAUUACGACAUAAAAUAACCAAGCCAACUUUAUUGUUAGCCGAAACAAUCGAAGAAGCUGUUGAAAGGGCUGCUGAUGAAUUUAAAAUUGACAAUCCAUUGGAAAGCAUGUUUGUUGCUGAAGCUUUUGGUAUUCAAUGUAAAAUAAUUAAAUCGGCUAGAAGGCAUGCUAGAGGGGCAUGGCAUCCUCUUCGUCAUCGUUACAUAAAUAUCUUUAUUAGACUCGAAGAAGGAGAACCUCCAACGUUUAAGGGGCGCGAACCCGAUCCAGAUGGAUGGGAGAAAAUGCAGGAUUAUUAUGCUUAUUUACGUUCUAGAGAUUUUAAAUAUUCAAUUUAA